CGCUUCUACAUUGAAGUAAUUUAUUUUGACAACAAAAAUUGCACCGUGACAAAAUUACUGUUGAUUUGAAAAGUAUUUUUUAGGAGAGAUAGCAACUGUCAUGUCAUUGCUUCUGUGUUUACUUAAGUAAUUGCCAACGUUUCUUGUUACAGAAGUACGUUUCAUGAACAACUUUUCACGAUUGUUUGCUUUGCUGUACUGAGUGAAUUACCAGCGGAAAGCUGAAAGUUUUCCUCUUUGGAUUUCGUCAACAAUCAGCAAAAUGACUUCAGAAUACCAAACGGAAGUUAUAUGCGCAUCCAUGCUGGGAAAAUUGGAACUCUAGACGCCUCUGCCAUGUUAUAAGGAUAUAUGAUGCGGCGAUGGACUGGACUGAAAAGCUGUUUCUCUGUGGAAUGUGAGGGUGAUGGUGAAAUGGCUGUUUUAGAUUUGCAGCACUGCAAUUUAACUUCAGUGCCUACAGACAUCUUCAAAGCUCAGCCAAACUUGGAGGAGAUUUACCUAGAUGCUAAUCAAAUUCGGGAAUUACCGAGAGUAAGUUCUUUUUACCAAUCAAAAGUUUAUUUCUGUAACCGGUUGCUAUUAGAAAGCAAAUUUAGCUCUCACAACGUGCAUCUGUAAUUUUAAAGCUCUGAAUGUUUUCAUUUUUUUUCGCCUCAGGCGUUGUUUGGGUUGCAAAGUUUACAUAUUCUCGGGUUGAGUGACAACGAGUUAACAAUUCUGCCAUCAGCUGUUUCUAACUUAGUCAACUUGAGAGAGGUGGACAUCAGCAAGAAUGGUGAGUUAAGAGAUUCGUUUGUUUUGACUUUUCUUUCACAAAGCGAAAACUUUCAACAACCGCAAAGCUAACGCAUGAUUAUCAACCAGAUAUUUACAAUUCACCCGACUUUGUGCUUUACAAAACCUGAAGCCGAUUUAAUUCUUGUAGGUAUAAUCGAUUUGCCGGAAAGUGUGAAAAGCUGCAAAUGUUUGGAACAGUUCGAUGCUAGCGUAAACCCAAUUGGCAAGUAAGUAUGGCGAUUUUAAGCUUAUACAAAGCUCUCCUUUAUAGUGUCAAUGUUUGUUCUGUUGUCGUCUUUGUUUUCGUUUCAAUUUACCUUAUCAGACUGAACAUUUUAUGAAAACUGUUGUUAAUCAACCGUUUGUCAGAUAGACGUAUCAGAUUCUCCCAAGAUAAGUUUUGAAAUUUGAUACUGUAGCCUUCCAAGGCACUUUGAAAGCUAAUCAACUUGUAACGUUUUGACAAAGAAAUCUGGACAUAAUCCAAUUAAUAAGCAUCAAAAUGAUUUCUUUUCUAGACCACAAGGACAUUAAAAAUACUUUUUUCUGCAUUGAUGCAAUCAAAUUUAAUUCCUAUCAGAUAUAAACAAAAUGCCUUUUCCUUAAGUUUUUAAGCUAUAAUAGUCAAAUAGUUUCUCUUUAACUCACUGGGUAUUAAAGUAACUAUACACCUACAUGCACAAACCAUCUCUACACUUAUACAUACAACACCAAGUUAAAAUAGGAACCAAAUUUAAAAUAAAAGGAAAGUUUUGGGUCAUGGUAAUGUAUGAUAAUGAGUUUGAAACCAAAGAAAAUAAAAUUUAAACCAAGGAUAGAAUUAAACCACAAUAUAUAUGUUGUAGUUAGUUUCUUAUCUCAGGUAAUUUUUGCUUUUCUUUUGUUACAACUUCAUUAGCAUACAUUAGCAUACCUAAAAACAAAAGAAAAACAAAAAUUACCUGAGAUAAAAAAUUAACUACAACAUAUACUUUGAGAUUGGGGUGAAUUUGCAUAACAGAGAAAAUGGCUGCCUUUCUCGAUAUUGUCCCCAGGGGAUGUAUUCACAGGGCUCCCAACAGCCGCAAGUCGAUCACCAUAUUUUUUCUCAACCAAAAUUUGCAACCCAGAGAACAUCACCCAGACUGUGUCCUAUAAAAUAUUAGGUCGUGUGAUAGUUCAAAUCAAUUGAAGUGGGGGAUUAGUCAGAAUAAAAUUUGAUUUUUUUUCAAUUUGAUAAAUGGCAUAUAAUAUUUUUUUGUUUUUAGAAUUCCAGAUAGCUUCACUCAGUUGUUGAAUUUGACCCACUUGUACUUGAAUGAUGCUUUUUUAGAUUGUUUACCAUCAAAUUUUGGAAGGUGAGAUUACUUUUUUAAUGAAUAUUUGCCUGCUUGGUAAACAACACUCUGGAAUGGUUUGUUCUGACAACUGUUACUUUCUUUAACUAGUGAUAGUAAAUACUGGUAACUAAGGGUGCGUUUGAUUGAUAGUAUUCCGCAGUACGAGAUCUCAAAAGUUUUGUUACAAAUCUCUUCUUGGAUCUUUAACUCUUUGGUGACGGCUGGCAAGUAGCGAGAAAACCUUGUUUUUCACCAAUUCCUCUUCUUUAGACUAGUUUUCGGCUAAUUAUCAUAAGAAUGGCUAAAAAAAACAAGAUGUUGGUGGAAAGAACUAUCUUUGCUAACGUUGUUGCUUACCAAUUUAUUAACUUAAACUGAAAGCGAAAUGGGUCCAGGAAGGAAGAUACGCAUUGUUCCAUAUGGAACCAAAACAACUAAAGCAGUCAUCAAAGGGUUAGACUCUUAACGUGCUUGUCCAUUGAAAUAUUAUACGUAUAGCAGAUUUCUAGAUUGCCCACCAAUACAGCUGUCUCCUUGCUUCUUGCCAGCAGGGACAUUUCAUGGGAGAGAUGUCUGCACCUCAACAUUAGAAAUUUCAUGCUGAUUAGAUUAAGUCAGCUGUCCAGAAUCUGGUCCGGAGCUCUGAUUCAUGGCUGACAUAGUCCACAGUAGCAAGGAGUGAGGAGAGACAGCUGUAUUUAUUUUGCAAGAUUAUUUGUAGAUACAUGAAUUUGAUUUCUCUGCCCUCACUAUCAAUUAUCAUUUCUAUUGUUUUUUUAUAUAAAAUUGUAAGUAUGACUUUAUGCACUUUUAAUUUUCCUGUCUCCAUUAUACACUACUUAAAUGAGUGUGCCAGUUAGUUACACAUGGCAGUGACCAACUCAAAAGCCUAAGCUCUUUUGGUCACUGUGCACAUUUCACCUUUGAUGAUUUAUGUAAUUUACUGUAAUGUUUUUUGUUUUUACUUUUGUAAUGUAUUGUAAUUUUAUUUUGUAGUAAACCCUUAAAAUAGUGCAAAUAAAUAAAAAAAUCUGAAUCUGAAAAUCUGUAUGGAUAUAUCCAUUGAAUUCCCUUCCAAGUUAUUUCUACAGUAUAUUUCAUUUAUUAUUAGUCCUCAAAAUACAGCAAUCAAACAUGCCCAAAGAAAAUGUUCACCAGUUAGGUCAUUUUAUCCAGCAUUGCAUACAUUUCAUCACUGUGAGUAUAUAAGAUCUCAUCUCUUUUUUGUCAGAUUAACAAAACUGAAAGUCCUUGAAGUGAGAGAUAAUCACUUAAGAAGUUUACCAGAGUAAGUAAUAUGUUAAACUCAGUUAACUGCAUUGUAGCGCCAUGCAAAACUGAGGGACUUGUUUUUCCAGUGAUGUGCCUCUCUGUAGUCACAGGGUAGUAUGGAAAAGCAGAUUUGUGUAGAAAGGCGAGUGUCUGGAAAUUUACCACCCAUGGAGUAUGAUUUUUAAUUAACAAAAUUAAUGAAGAAGCUUUGAUUAUACUCUGUUCUGUUGUAAGCACUUACAAAAGAACACAAAGAGCACAACUGAGAACAAACGAAGUGUAGGGGGAAACACAUUAGACACAGUCAAGUGUUUCUCACCACUUGUUGAGUGCUCCAGCUGCUUCCUUAGUGCUUUACAACAGAGCAAAGCGCAGUCAAUGGAGGCUUCUUUAUUUCUUUCUUGAUGAAGAACUGGUUAAAUUCCCAACACAUUGCUUUUCAACGUUUAUAAUUAAGCAAACUUUAUUUUUAAAGGGAAGAAGAGUGGCAUGUUUUAUACUCACAUGAAGCAUACUUUUCCAACCAAUAAGAGUGGGCAUUAUAUAUGAACUUUAUUAUAAUUCAUUGUACAUCUCUUUUAACCCAAGCCUGACAUUCUGAUAUGCUCCAAGUUGCUCGUAGUCACACACUCUAUCCCUUCUUUUGAAGGUUUCUUUAUACUUUGCUGAAUAAGGUUAAUUUUGAUUCUUUUUUAAAGGUCCCUUUCUCAUGUUACAAGCCUAGAAAGACUUGAUAUUGGGAAUAAUGAAUUUCUUGAACUAGUAAGUGGUAGUAUAAUAACAUGUACAUAACAGUGGUUCUAUGCAUGAUCUGAGUGUGACCAGUAUCUACAGCCCCUCUUUGUAUCUUCCCGUCUUUAAAUCACAAUCUUAAUAAAUUGAAAAUAUCUUUCUUUAUGUCUUCCUACAUAACAAAAUAUAUAUAUUUCACCAGACACUAAUAAUCAAACGAUAACUAUUUUAUGUACUUUUGAUAAUAGUGUUAACCUCUCAAAGGCACAUUGAAGGUGACUUUCAUUUUACUUUGUUUUAGCCAACAGUUGUGGGGUAUUUGGUUAACCUUAAGGAACUCUGGAUGGAUAGCAAUGGAGUUAGAGAACUUCCACCGGUAUGUUAAGGUUACAGCAGAAACUUUUUUUAAAUUUUAAAAUCUGUGACAAUGAAUUUUUUUUGUUACUCAUUGUUGCAGGCAUAGUUAAUAGUCAGAGGAGACUGGUUGUGAAAGCCAGCAACAUCAAAGUUGAAAACAACCGUGCUGUAGUUUCAAUGUUGGAAGUUCCAUGACUGUGCUGAGACCUUUGUUUUUUGUUUACAAACUGUUACUGAAUAAAUUAAUGUGAUGUUUCUAUUGGUCUGCAAGUUCAAAAUGAUAGGAAUGCUAUUGAAUGUUGUGCACACUCAGGUCCAAAAAAACCUAACAAAAACUAAUAAAGGAGUGUAAAGGGUUUCAUAACCAUUCCACUUUAAUAACUGUGUUGCAGGUUAAGGGAUGCUAUGAGUAGGUUUUAAGAAUAACAGACAGAGAAAAAUAUCUCAGUUCUAAAAAAAAAACUAAAUUGGUUAACUUUGUAAGAUCCUAAUGAAUGGCAACAUGUGAACUGAAAGUUUUGUUAAACUGAUGAUGAAGAAGUUCUAUUUUAGGCCACAUCAGGAUAUUUCUUGCACCAACUUUUAAGGGGAUCAUAUGAACCAAUGCAGGCCACUUUGUGGAGCAAUUCACAUCUUAACUAUGAAAUGUGUCAUUUAAGUAUGAACAUGUCCAAAUUUGCUUCUCCCACUUAUAGGGUUUUCAGUUUGUAAAAUAAAUAAAAGAGGGGAAAUUUGUUACCUGGGGAAAACACUCUCAACCUUGAGAAAAGUUUGGUAGUUUCUUGGUGUGUUGUGGACAGGUGCAACCACCAAAUGACUAGUACAAAAGAUUGAAACGACAAUGAACAAAUAGUCUGACGCCAUAAAACAAAAGAGAACCAACAAUAGUUUCCACGACACGGCACCAAGACAAACCCAAAAGUUUGCCCCCCCCCAAUGAUCACAUACCCUUAGAUCUGCCUCUGACACAAUUUACCCAUUUGCAGAUUUUUCACUUCUUGACAUUUGGGUUCCAGUGAAACUCUAAUGGUUUCUUUCUUCUGUUUUCAUUCUUUUUUUUGUCCAGGAAAUAGGACUUUUGAGACAGCUUUUAUACCUUGAUGUGUCUCAAAAUCGACUGGAGCGGCUUCCUCCUGAAGUAGAAUGCCUUCAGUCUCUUACAGACCUUUACUUGUCCAACAAUCUGUUGCUUGAACUACCGGACAACAUUGGUGGGUGUAAUUUGUUAAUUUGUAAUUUAGAUUUUUUUCAAUCUGCAAAGUAGCAAAAGGAGACUACAAUCGGAGACAAAAUUAGUUGAGACACUUUAUAAUUUGCAUUAAAGGGCCUUUCCAAUGUUUUACUGACUUCAAAAGUCCCUCACUCCCCAUCAUGCAAUGUUGUUCUGCUGUUUGAGUAACCUGUAGAAAACAAAAAAACACCCUAACUUUGAAUGGAGGGUCGAGGGGGGAGGGGUGUGGAUUGUUUUCUUCUCUGAAGCUACCCGAUUUGAGUUCAGUCUCUAAACAGUAUUGUCGCCGAUUGCAGUCUUGGUUUUAACAUUUUUCCUGCUUUCUUUCCCUUACUUUAAUUAUGAGUUGAUAGUCAAAAAAGUGAAUGCAGAAGGAGGGAGCUUAGCUGAGCCUGGCUGAAAAUAGAAUAUUAGAAUGCUGAAUGUGCGAUCUGCUCCCAGAAUUUGUACCCUUUAGAAAGGAGCUCUAUGGAAAAUUCCAAUGAACUCUUAACCUCAAUGUUUUGUGUUUUGCAGGUGCAUUAGGAAAUUUACAGACACUCAAAGUGGAUGAAAACCAUCUUGUGGAACUUCCAGAUAGCAUAGGAAGGUACUAUUAAUAGUUUCUUUUCAUUGCAUCUAAGUCCGCUGGUAGUUUGUCUAAACAUAUUUGCUAAAUAUGUGUAUUUUAAUUCAUAGAUUGUCCAAUCUUGAAGAGCUGGUUGUGAUUCACAAUGAACUUGAGGUAAAAAGUGAAGCAUUUUCUGUGCUGUUGAAUCCUUUGGGUAUAAUGAGUGUCCAAACUCAAAUCAAAAGCAAAGAAAAAUUCCAGUAAAAAUUACUAUUACCACAUUAAAAUGUGGCAAAACAAGUUUGGUUAGGUUGGGUUGUACCACUGUUUGAAAUUUUGUAUAAAUGAAAAAGUUCAGUUUGCAGACUCAUGAUGUUAACCAUUGUAUUAUUGUUAUUGUCGCUUAUGUCCCUUGUUUGAUUCUUUAAGAUACGGUAUUUCCUCAAAUAAUUGCUCCCAAGGGAAGGCGACUAUUCAAGGGAGGCCAUUAUUUUAAUAAUGUUCUUAUAUUAUUGUUCACUGGAAGUCGCGCCCUAAAUAUUUUGUUCUAUUUUCCCAUUAAAUCAAAAAAUAGUCGCAUCAAAGAAACUGAACAGGGGCUUUUUAAGUGUUCCAAAGUUGGUUCCUUGAUUAAAUUCACAUAACUCAGAGAUCAUUCUGUUAAAAUACCUCUGACUGUCGUGUGCAAUUGAAGGUUUUGAUCUUUUCAGAGUUUACCAGCAUCCACUGGUUUUUUAAGAAAACUCCAGAUAUUGUAUGCUGAUGAGAACUUUCUGGAAGGUAUUCCCUUAGAGGUGUGUAUUAAAAUGGCGUCUUACUCUUUUUUACUGGAUGAAUGCCAUGUAAUGUUUACGUUAGCCUGCCAACAGGCUCCCAAGUGGAGGCUAUGCUUGGUUUGCUUCACUCGCCAAUUUUCUUUUCCUCCCCUUAUUUACUGGAUGAAUGCCAUGCAACGUUUGUGUUAGCCUGCCAUCAGAGUGGGAGAUCCAGACCUUUAGAUAAUGCAGGGGAGGGCCCGGUCAUCCAGACCUUAUGAUAAGACCUUGGGUGGCGAGCACUGUCCCAACUAGGGCCUGGUUUUCCAACUGGGUAAUUCAACUAUAAGUACUUUCAGUGGGUUGUAAGUAAACUUUGCAGACUUCAUUGACCUAGACUGCAACCAGUCUUCAAUUUUUUGUGUGAGUCCAUUGAGUCACAAUUAUAGAUCAAGAGCGUGCAUGAGGAGAGAGCGGCAGGGCAGAAGCCAGAGCGAAGGAAAUAUCCUCUUUCCUCUCUCCUUCCCAAUCUCUCCUCCUUCUUUUCCAUGAACUUGCAUAGUUUCACUUUUUUCACUUGCCAUGUGUGGCUCUGAGGAAAGAAGGAUGACCACUUAUGGUCUAUCAUUGGCCCCUUCAGAGGAGGAAAAUCCCUGCAGGGCAAAUACAUAAUUUAUUGUUAGGGUGAAUUGUUCUACACCUAGUUAAAAAUUUGCAAGUGACAACAGCGAUAUCAAUCUUGAAUGAUUGUGUUUUAUCUGGUAGUUAGGAAGCUGUACAUCCAUGACAAUACUGUCAUUACAUGACAACAGAAUUGUGAGAAUUCCUGAUGAUAUUGGUCGCAUGCCAAACUUGCAGGUUAUAAACCUAGCAUGUAACAGGUCAGUGUUUCAGUUUCUGAAGAUUUAUUUUCCACUUUAAGGUACAAUCAAACUGCUUUUUUUAAAGACCUUCUUGGCCGUGAGUUAUAGUCCCCUUGGGGACAGGGGUGGUAUACUCCCUAAAUGGGGAUGGUUCACACACACCUUGAAAGUCCUUGAAUUUGAAACAAAAAUUCAAGGCCUUGAAAAUCCUUGAAAAAUGUAGUCGGUGCUGGAAAGUCCUUAAAUUUCAAUGCUAAUUUAAUAGUUUAAGUAGAACUCCAAAGAAAAGGAGCAAACACAGAAAGACCUUGGGAUAAAAUUACUCAUGUUGUGGAAGAACUAAAAAAGGCCUAGACUCAAGGCUCUUUUUUUGCUCUGAAUGGAGUCCUAGAAAAUGGGAAAUGUGUCCUUGGAAGUACUUGAAAAGUCCUUGAAUUUUUUGUUCAAAAAAGGGUGCGAACCUUUUAAGGGCCUCUAUGGGGAGGCUCCGCCCAAGGUGGGGGGAUUUCUUUUUAGGCUUCAGGUAUAUGUAAGGGUAGGGAUUUUACAAGUUGAAUAAUGUUAAAGGAUAGAUAAUUAAACAUCUGUCUUUUCGGUCUGGAAAUGGACCUCAGCAUGGAACGUUGUUAACAUGGAACGUUGGCCAUAAAUUCUGAUAUGCCACUGUAAUUUAAGCAAUAAUGUGGCUAACUAUGAACUGUUUAUGUGCUAUAUUCGUCGAUCGGAAUCAACGAGCAUUUUUGGCACAAAUGACGUCAUUUGUCGCGCGAUAUGACGUCAUAUAUCAUUCCUUCCCUGCUCCUUCUCAAUAUUUGAUGACGUGGGGGGUUAACAGCCCUAGGAGUUCCUUUUCUGCCAAAAAUGGUAUAUAAAAGGUUAUCGGGUUGGACCUCUGGGAAAAGCCUUCCUUUAUAAAACUUUAAUUGGUUGAGUAGUCCCAUUGGGUUUAUAGUCUUUAGAUACAAAUGUCCGUAAUAUCAGGGUACGAAAGGAAAUUUCCUUGAAAAUCUCCAGGCUGCUACUUCUACUUGCUCAUCUAUUUUGUUAAUUUCUCGAAAUCAACAGAUUGGAAUGUCUACCGUAUACCUUUCGAAAGCUGACUAAUUUAAAAGCGCUAUGGCUUUCUGAAAAUCAGGUAAUGCAGACCGUCAUUUCUGGCCAUCUUAGACAUCCUCUAGUUUCAAUUCACUACUCACCUUUCUUUGUUUGAUUUUAGUCCAAGCCCAUGGUUCCGCUGCAAUCUGACUUCGAUCAUCGAACUCAGUCACAUGUGUUAACCUGCUUCAUGUUUCCACAGCAACCUCUUACGGAUGAAGGUACAGUUUCUUCCUUUAAGAGGUAAGCCGAGCAGGGCACUAAGGAGAGGAAGGGGUGCUUUCCUCCUUCCCAGUUCACUGCUCGGCUUGCUUCGCUCGCCGAUUUUUUUGCGCUGUUAGCCCUGUUAUUCACCCAUUUUCUCCACCGAGGAGCAUAGUCUCAGGAUAUUUUUUAAUAUUUUGUGGAUUGUCCCUGCAUUUCUUUUGACCUACUCGGUUUCUUUUAAUCCUUUCAAUUUUUUUUUCUUUGUAGUGUCAUCUUCCGAUCAGUUAAACAGUGAAGAUUCUGGCAGUGUCCCAGCGUCUCUGCUGGAAGAACAAAUUAGGCAAAGAUCUUCAAUCGUCUUCAACAUCGAUGAAGAUGACUAUUUAGUAAGAGACAUUUAUGUCAAAAUUUUCUUGUCAUUAUUAAUCUUGUGUCACACCACGGGAGAUUGGACAGUAGUUUGCAAAGAUUCACGGGAUAAAUUUCGACCAAUCACAAUUGAGGAAAGCCGUCUUGCUGCAGACCGUGUCACAUAGUCUUUUGAUCAUGAAUAAGCUGCCAGGGAUUGUAAAACGCAAACAUGACACCUUUUCACCUAGUUCACGCAGAAAAUAAUUCAUAACGUUCAUAAAAAACGCGUCGCUAGGAAAAAACUAGUGUGAAAGGUUUGAACCCAUUAGUCAAUUCAUAAGUAGGUGAAGCAUGAUCGUUCGGAUGAACGUAGUCCUGAAUAGUCGAUGUCAACAACAGUUCUAUUUAGGACUUCGCUCACUGCACCCGGACGAUCAUGCUCCACCUACUCAAGAAAAAACUAGGGCGUAUCAUGUUGCUAAAAAAUUUUUCGCCAACUGCGCGCACUUUCCAAUGAGAGAGGGAGAGGGGGAGGGGAUUAUUAUGAUGAUUAAUCUUUAAUCUUUAAUCACAGUUCGUAACCAUACAUAACUGAUACAAAUGAACUAAUACUAACAAAUACAAUCGAACAAAAAUACAAAAAUGGUUAACAGGACGGUAGUAGGGGGAAGCCAAAUUCCCAUGCCAAGACGUACCCUCCAAAAACGUAGGUUUGGGAAUCUAUAUCAGUAAGAUGAAGUUAAGGAAGCGGUAAUUCCUAAACAGCCCCUAAUAGUCAAAUACUCGGCUAAGCUUUUAUGGCUGCAUUUGGCGUUUCAGUAAUGAGAGUUGGAUGCAUUCAGAGGCUUAUGUAAGCUAACAGAUGGCAUGCAAAUUCUCUUGCAGUCGCGGUUAGCUAGGUACCAGUCUCCUUACCCAAAAGAUGUAAAAGAUCGCGCAGCCCAAUAUCUCGCGAGCAGGCGACAGCAGCAUCAGCAGCAGCAGCAGAAUCAACAGGAUAUAGAGGUAACAAAACCUGUCUUACCACCAUCUCAGCACCAGUGUCACCAGCAAGAUCGGCACCAGUUUAAAUACCAUUACCUGUACAGAAACCUGCACUCGGUG